CAAGACACUGUAAAGAAACUACCAAUAAUUUGAAGGUUUAAGUUAAAGAGUGUUAGGACACUCACUGAAAACAAAAUCCCAGUGCAUACUCUGAAAUGAAAUAGUACGAGAGGGACAGCAGCAGCAGCAGCAAGUGUCACCCGGUCCUAUAACAUGGGGAGGGCUUUGGAGUUUAAAACGGUGUGAAUAUGAUAGCCCAUCUGGAGCCUUUGGUCCUGCUUAUGCAAGUGGAGAUCUCUGUGCGCGAUUGAAAGUUGUCAGUUCGGAGGCACUAAUCUGACAAGAGGUCGGUUUAAAUACACUACAGGGAACGAUUUGUGGAUAUCAACAAAUACAGCUGCUUAGCGAAGCAAAAAUAAGGAGACUGAUUUCAUCUUGGAAGAGAAGGGCCCGCAUGAGAGGCAGAUUUUGGAGGACAAAAGGCAGGCACCAGGGAGGUGAGUGGCGGAUUUACCCUCAGAGGGGGUAAAAAAACAUGACUGUAGUGUCCCAGGACAAUAAGGAAGAGGCUGUGACGGUCACCCCUUUGUUACAAGAUGCUGCGGAAUUGGAACCGGCGGACCAGGAGUGCAGCGAGAGGGUGGUCAUCAACAUCUCGGGCCUGCGCUUCGAGACGCAGCUGAAAACACUGUCGCGCUUUCCGGCCACGCUCCUGGGGGAUCCGCGUAAAAGGACGCGCUUCUUCGAUCCGAUGAGGAACGAAUACUUCUUUGACAGGAACAGACCAAGCUUUGACGCCAUCCUGUAUUAUUACCAGUCAGGGGGGAGGCUCAGGAGGCCCGUGGGUGUACCUGUGGACAUUUUCAUGGAGGAAAUAAAGUUUUAUGAACUUGGGGAGGAGGUUAUGGAACUGUACAAGGACGACGAGGGCUUGCCGAGAGAGGAGGAGCGGCCGCUGCCGACUAACGAGUUCCAGCGGCAGCUCUGGCUCUUGUUUGAGUACCCAGAGAGCUCAGGACCCGCACGGACAAUCGCCAUUGUGUCUGUUAUGGUUAUUUUGAUAUCCAUUAUUAUAUUCUGCUUAGAGACUUUACCGGAGUUCAGAGAGGUAUCCCCAGAACCAGAAAAGUGCGCCAAUGGAAGCGCAGACAGCAAAGCGCCCAGUCCAUUCACAGAUCCCUUUUUUAUGGUGGAGACGCUUUGUAUCGUGUGGUUCUCCUUUGAGUUCACUAUGAGGUUCCUGUCCUGUCCCAGCAAAGCAGCGUUCUUUAAAAACAUCAUGAACCUGAUAGAUGUGGUGGCCAUCGCGCCCUAUUUCAUCACCCUGGGCCUGGAUCUGGCAGAGCAUGAGGGCAACAGUCAGCAGGCGGCCUCCCUGGCCAUCCUGAGAGUCAUCAGGCUGGUGCGCGUCUUCAGGAUCUUCAAGCUCUCCAGACACUCCAAGGGUCUGCAGAUCCUGGGCCAGACUCUCCACGCCAGUCUCAGGGAGCUGGGUUUGCUAAUAUUCUUCCUGCUCAUUGGAGUUAUUUUGUUCUCCAGCUCGGUUUAUUUCGCCGAAGUGGAAGAUCCCGAGACGGUAUUUUCGAGUAUACCCGACGCGUUCUGGUGGGCCGUGGUGACGAUGACCACGGUGGGCUACGGAGACAUGUAUCCCUCCACUAUCGGGGGGAAAGUUGUUGGAUCCUUGUGCGCAAUUGCCGGAGUGUUGACCAUAGCGCUACCUGUCCCUGUCAUAGUGUCGAAUUUUAACUAUUUCUAUCACAGAGAAAACGAAGAGGAGGAAAAUAUGCAAUACAUUCAUGUGACCUGUGGGCAGCCGGAGCAGCAGCUCUCAUUUGGGGAAACGGAUUCCACAAAAAGCAACCAAUCCAUCUCCAAAACCGAGUCCUAUCAGGGGAGCGACGACCUGGAGAUCCUGACUCAUCCAAAUGCGACUCAGUCGGAGACGUACACAGGAAAGCUGACAGAGGUGUAAACAGCAGAAGUUUUGUUUCUGGAGGCAGAAGACUGAAUGAAGCUUUUUAUUCCUUCAAUCACAAGAUAUAUGUGUGGCAUUCUCUUCUUCAAAAUCUGAUGGAUUUAAUUUUUUUUUUUUU